AUGGCUCUGUCAGUAGAGAAACUGCUGGUGGAUGCUCACACCCUGGUCUUACACCUGAAGGAUCAUGACCUCUUGGCUGAAAACAUCAUUGCCGUCACGCAGACGCUCUAUAACAAGACUAAAGCUAUGAAACAGUAUCAGGAUGAUAUCACCGAGCUGAAUGAGAUUGCAAAACACCGGCCUCGGUCCACGCUAGUGUUGGGCUUAGCACAAGAAAAUCGCCAGAUUCGGGAUCUGCAGCAGGAGAACAGGGAGCUGCAGGCGGCCCUGGAGGAGCACCAGUCUGCUUUGGAACUGAUCAUGCAGAAAUAUAGGGAGCACACAGUUAAACUGUUGCAUAGCAACAGAGUUGAAAAAUCACUUCAGGAGCGGGAGGUCGUUGAUAAGGAGUCAGUGUGUCAGCUGAUGGACAAGAUUGAUGAAAUGGCUGGAGUCAUGCAGAAGGCUAUUGAGGUGGACGAAAAGCUGGGUCGAGUAGAUGAGGAGCGUUUGACUCGUCUGGAGGUGGAAAACAAAGCCCUGAGAGAGCUGCUAGAGAUUUGUUCCACCUCCAAGGAAAGAAUUGUAUCUGUAGAGCCUAUGAAAGACAGAGGAAAUGAAAGUGAGAGUGAAGAUGACAAAACAGAUACAGAUUGCGAUUCUUCAAUUUUAGUUUCUCCGGUUAAGGUGAACGAGGAGGAGAUGACGGAUGAGGAUAGGACUAAUAGUAGGCAGGAUGAACUGGAUAGCCAGGAUGACUUAUCAGCCACUAGUGCCGACAGCGAGGACACCAUCACUUUAGGUAACGCCAGGUUGCCAGGGGCUAGUAAAUCAGCCAAUGAUGUCAGGAAAAGUAAACCGGCUGCGUCUGCUGAAGGUGACAAUGUUAAGAAAACAAAGUCCAGCACCUUACUAAAGAAGGAUACAGCAGCGGGAAAGAAAACUGCUUCCACAGAGGUAAAGAAAGAUUCAAAAGGUAAAAAAAUUCUACCCAAAACUGCAGGAAAGAAAUAA